AUGGAUGAUGAAUUUAAUGUAACGUAUAUAACUCUUGCUGGGUAUGCAGAAAUGGGCAAAUCAAGGUAUUUCUAUUUUGUUAUUAUGUUUACAGUAUAUAUUCUAGCAAUCUUGUUUAGUGUCACCAUUGUGUAUCUUAUUUGCAUGCACAGGAACCUCCAUGAGCCUAUGUACAUUUUUAUUGCAGCUUUGCUAAUGAACUCUAUUGUUUACAAUACUGCAAUGUACCCAAAUUUGUUAGUUAACUUUUUUACUGAAAAACCGAUCAUAUCAUAUUCAGCCUGUCUCUUUCAAUUAUUUUUAUAUUACUUCUUAAGUGCUUCAGAUUUCUUGCUGUUGUCAGCCAUGGCCUAUGACAGGUAUGUGUCCAUAUGUAAACCCCUGCAAUAUCCAAAUAUCAUGAGAAAAACUACAGUGAGUAUUAUAUUGGGUGUAGCUUGGUUUGUGCCUGCUUUUCAGCUUGCUGUCUCAAUAAUUCUGAGCAGUAAUAUGAAACUUUGUGAUUUUACUUUAAAUGCAAUUUUCUGUAACAAUUCGGUUUACAGUCUCCAAUGUGUUGCUUCGGAAGUACGGGCUAUAUUUGAUCUAUUUGCUCUACUAAGCCUGGCACUUCUCCCUUUGCUCUUUAUACUUUUUACAUAUACUAGGAUACUUAUAAUAACCUAUCGAAGUGGUAGAGAGGUUAGGAAAAAAGCUGCACAGACCUGUUUACCCCACCUGAUAGUUUUACUAAUCUUUUCCUUUUUGUGUGCAUAUGAUGUCAUUGUCAUUCAGCUCAAUGUGGCAUCUGAGAUACAUUUAAUAAUGACUCUACAAGCAUUUUUAUAUUAUCCUCUUUUCUAUCCAAUUAUAUAUGGACUGCAAAUGAAAGAAAUUUCUAAACACAUAAAGAAGUUGUUUUGUCAAGCCAAAGUGAUCUAA